GGUGCGGCGGGCCUGCGAGCUGGUGCAGCAGCCGCUUCGUCGAGGUCCUUAUCGUUGUCGGCGGCCGGCCGGGUCAGGCCCGGCCCGCGCGGGGGGCAGGCGGCGGCUGCCUCAGGCGGAGGCGGAGGUGCGGCGGAGGGUGGGGGCCGCUGCCUUCGCAGGAGCCCGGGCCGGCCCGCGCCUUUGCACGGUGCUCCAUGCAUCCGGAGCCCGCCCCGCCCCCGAACAGCAACAGCCCCGAGCUUCCCCUCAGCGGCGGCAGCACCACCAGCGGCAGCCGCCGGAGCCGCCGCCGCAGCGGGGACGGAGAGCCCCCGGGGUCGCCGCCGCCGCCAGCCGCCGUCGCCUACCCGGACUGGAUCGGUCAGAGUUACUCCGAGGUGAUGAGCCUCAACGAGCACUCGAUGCAGGCGCUGUCCUGGCGCAAGCUCUACUUGAGCCGCGCCAAGCUCAAAGCCUCCAGCCGGACCUCUGCUCUGCUCUCCGGCUUCGCCAUGGUGGCGAUGGUGGAGGUACAGCUGGACGCCGACCAUGACUACCCGCCGGGGCUGCUCAUCGCCUUCAGCGCCUGCACCACGGUGCUGGUGGCCGUGCACCUGUUCGCGCUCAUGAUCAGCACCUGCAUCCUGCCCAACAUCGAGGCGGUGAGCAACGUGCACAACCUCAACUCGGUCAAGGAGUCGCCCCAUGAGCGCAUGCACCGCCACAUCGAGCUAGCCUGGGCCUUCUCCACCGUCAUUGGCACGUUGCUUUUCCUGGCCGAGGUCGUGCUGCUCUGCUGGGUCAAGUUCUUGCCCCUCAAGAAGCAGCCGGGGCAGCCCCGGCCCACCAGCAAGCCCACGGCCGGUGGCGCGGUGGCCAGCAUCAACGGCAGCACAGGCGGCAUCACCCCGGGCCAGGCUGCUGCCAUCGCCUCCACUACCAUCAUGGUCCCCUUUGGCCUGGUCUUUAUCGUCUUUGCCGUCCACUUCUACCGCUCACUGGUCAGCCAUAAGACAGACCGACAGUUCCAGGAGCUCAAUGAGCUGGCUGAGUUUGCCCGCCUGCAGGACCAGCUGGACCACAGAGGGGAUCACCCCCUGACACCCGCCAGCCACUAUGCGUAAGCCCUUCUGGGCUCGGGCACGUCAGAUCUCUGGCCUUACGCCGCUCCCCACGACCUCGUCCUGCCCCAGCCUGAAGGACAGCGAGCUCAGAGGAUUGGGCUUUUGUAAGGGGGCAGAGAGUGGAGGGAAGAGGCUUUUUUUUUUUUUUUUUUUUAAGAGAAACGACUGCACUUUGAAACUUUCCUCUGAGAGAAUAAGCACUUCCUGUUCUUCCAGCUUCGGGUUCACCUCCUGGUAGGAGGCCACCAGUGGGAGCCAGAGUGGGGACAAACGCUCCCUUUGUCCCUCCUCCUCCCUGUGCCCCUGCCACUUGGAUGCUUCUUGUCUUUUCUGUCUUGAC